AUCUCCCAGCGGCCGUGCGGCAGCAGCUGCAGCAGGAGGGGCUGUGGAACGUCACCACGUACGAGCAGCGCCUUGACUACUCCUACUGGCCUGCAGAUCACGUGCUCCGCAUGCUGCUGCCGCCAGGGGUGGAAGUGCCCACGGCAUUCGAGACUGUCGGCCACAUAGCGCAUGUGAACCUGCGCGAUGACCUGCUGCCCUACCGCUUCGUCAUUGGGAAAGUCCUGCUGCAGAAAAACGCCCCCCUGAUCCGAGCAGUGGUGAACAAGAGCGGCAUCAUUGAGAACGAGUUUCGAGUACCCACGCUCGACCUCAUCGCAGGGGAAGGCUCCUCCUCGCACCUGCCAACCUCCGUGCGGCAGCACGGCGCCACGUUCCACCUGGACUACGCGCGCGUGUACUGGAACUCGCGAUUAGAGCACGAGCACAAGCGCCUCGUGGACGCGUUCUUUAAACGAGGGGAGGUGGUGGUUGAUAUGUUCGCUGGGGUCGGGCCGUUUGCGGUCCCGGCUGCCAAGGCGGGGUGUGCUGUGCUUGCGAAUGACUUGAAUCCGGCCAGUGUGGAGUAUUUGAGGCGGAAUGUGAGGGUGAAUGGGGUGGAGCGGCGGGUGAGGGCUUAUAACGAGGAUGCACGGGUGUUUGUGAGGGGGGUUCUGAAGCCGCCGGAAGGGGGUGAAGGUGAGACGGUGGCGAGAGGGGUGGAAGGGAGUUUGGAGGAAGGGAUGGAGGGGAAGAAGGAAGGGGGUGGGGAGGCAGGAGGGAUGGAGAAGUCGCAGCAGGAGGAGGGGGGGAAUGUGGAGAGAGAGCAGCAGCGAGCAGUAGCGAGGGGGGUGAAGAGAGAGAGAGGCGAUGCAAGACAGGAGGCGGAGAAGCGGGAAGGGGAGGGGAUGGAAGUGGAGGGUGUAGGGGAGCAGAGGGUGGAAGUGGGGAGUGCCAAAGUGGGGGAAGACGUGGCAGCGGCUGGGAGGGGUGUGGCUGAAGGGGUGAGAGGGAGCAGGCAUGGGCAAGAGGUGAGAGAAGUGGGAGAGAAGGAUGGUGAGGGCAGGGAGGCAGCUGGAGGCCAGGGAUGUUGUGAGACAGCAGGCGGCAGCGAUACAAGUGAUGGGGGAGUGGGCCGAGCAGCAGGCGAGGGAAUGCAGGGGGCGGGCAUGAAUGUAGAGACAGCGGAGGAGGUUAGAGAGGGAGGCACCCAGGAGCAGUUGGGUGAGGGUAAGGAGGAGCAGAAGGGGGGAAGGACGGGGAGAAAAGGCAAAGGGAAGAGGAAGGGAGGGAAGGGGGAGAGCAAGGAGGGCAAGGAUGGGGGGGGCAUAGAGGUGGCAUUGGUGGCGCCGUGGCGGCAUGUGGACCACGUGGUCAUGAACCUGCCUGCCUCUGCCAUCACCUUCCUCGACUCCUUCCGCGGGGCGUUCUCGCGCGCGCACUGGGAGGGCGCCCUGCCGCUCAUCCACACCUACUGCUUCCACCGCUCCGGCCACACCGCUGAGGCCGUCACGCAGGAGGUUGAGCGGCAUCUGGGCGCUGCUGUGGAUGCCGCCACGCUCUCCAUCCACCCUGUCAGGAAUGUGGCGCCCAAUAAGCUGCUGUGCGAGAGGGAUUCGCUGGGCAGAUGA